UCGCGGCUACAGCUGGCAACUGCGGAAAAGGCUUUAAUUCAGCGAGAGCUAACAUGCUUAGGAAUUUCUUUCGGAACUUAUAAAAGCUUCUUCUACUUACCACCAUCUGGGAUUCACUGCAGGAAUACCAAAAAGGAAACCUCAUUUUAAAAAAAGUAAAAGACAAACUGGGAAUGUUUACGUCUCUGAAAUUCUGCAUUGAAAAGCAAAAUAAGAUUGAUAACGUAAACAUUUUGGAGUGUAAGAAGAAAUUAAGUUUGGAACAUUCAUCUUGACUACAGAAAUUCAAGUUUACAAGACAAAGUGGCUCUAUCUCCGGACUUGGAACGUGGCUUGCUUUAUGCCUACACUCUUACAGGCUGGCUGCAUUGACUGCAUUUUCUUGCCAGUUAACCCCUGGAUUCAUGGAUUAUCUGGAGACUAGAAAAUGAGAGUACUUCCGUGUUGAAGGACCUACUAGAAACUUUGAAGCACUCAAUUUCAUGCUACUUUUGGAGAUUUCAGAGAAAAAAGAAGUAUUUUAUAAAACUGCCCAAAGAUCCAAAUACUUUGCAAAUACACUGGGGGUUACGGUGAACAAAAUCUGAAUACCAAAGGAGACGGCAGCUGACAAAAGGACCUCCACGCUACAGAUCUCCACACCACAAGCUGAACGUGCUUUUAUAAUGGUAAGCGCAAACAGCUCCCAAUGCUUGUAUGAUGACUCUUUUAAGUACACUUUGUACGGAUGCAUGUUCAGCAUGGUGUUUGUGCUUGGCUUAAUAGCCAACUGUGUUGCCAUAUACAUUUUCAUCUGUAUCCUCAAAGUGCGAAAUGAAACUACAACGUACAUGAUUAACUUGGCAAUGUCAGACUUGCUUUUCGUGUUCACUUUACCCUUCAGGAUCUUUUACUUUGCAACGCGGAACUGGCCAUUUGGAGAUUUACUCUGUAAGAUUUCUGUAAUGUUGUUUUACACCAACAUGUAUGGAAGCAUUCUCUUUUUAACUUGCAUUAGUGUAGACCGAUUUCUGGCAAUCGUCUACCCAUUUAAGUCAAAGACUCUAAGAACCAAGCGAAAUGCAAAGAUCGUGUGCACGGCUGUGUGGCUCACCGUGAUGGGAGGAAGUGCACCAGCAGUGUUUUUUCAGUCUACCAACUCACAGCCUAACAAUACCUCAGAGACCUGCUUUGAAAACUUUUCAGAAGCCACAUGGAAAACUUACCUCUCAAGGAUUGUAAUUUUCAUAGAAAUAGUGGGAUUUUUUAUUCCUCUAAUUUUGAAUGUAACUUGUUCAAGUAUGGUGCUAAGGACUUUAAAUAAACCUGUUACAUUAAGUAGAAGCAAAGUAAACAAAACUAAGAUUUUAAAAAUGAUUUUCGUACAUUUGGUUAUAUUCUGUUUCUGUUUUGUGCCUUACAAUAUCAACCUUAUUUUAUAUUCUCUUAUGAGAACACAAACAUUUGUCAACUGCUCAGUAGUGGCAGCAGUAAGGACAAUGUACCCAAUCACUCUCUGCAUUGCUGUUUCCAACUGCUGUUUUGACCCUAUAGUUUACUACUUCACGUCGGACACAAUUCAGAAUUCAAUAAAAAUGAAAAACUGGUCUGUCAGGAGAAGCGACUCCAGAUUCUCUGAAGUUCAAGGAGCAGAAAAUUUUAUUCAACACAGUCUACAGACCUUAAAAAAGAUAUCUGAUAAUGAAUCUACAAUAUAAGCUAUCUGAAAUAAAACCACUGGGACCUUAGCUGGAACCUCCAAGCUCCAUCAACUGUGAAAACUGUUUUCUUGGAAAAUUUCUCCUCCACCUCCGGAAAAAAAUCAACACAAGGACAUUUAAAUGUUUUUAAAGAAUAUUUGUAUGCAGUGUG